UAGGCAGGUCCUCGUUGGCUUUUUUUUUAUUUAUUUUUUAUUCAUACCCAAGGCUCUUCUCUUUCUCGCUGAGCUGAGGACGAACAACCACAUGGCUAUUGAUGCUUGAGGAGAAAGAGCACGACCCAAUUGUCUCCUGGGGCAAGAGCGGAGAGACCUUUGUCGUGAAGGAGCCCAAUGAAUUUGCCAAGAUUAUCCUGCCCAAGCAUUUCAAGCACAAUAAUUUUGCUAGUUUCGUGCGCCAACUCAACAAGUACGAUUUUCACAAGAUCAAGACCACAGAUGAUGCUGCAAAACCUUACGGAGACCAAGCAUGGGAAUUUCAGCAUCCAAAGUUUCAAGUCGAUAAGAGAGACUUGCUUGAGGACAUUAAGCGCAAGACGCCCAGCAACAAAAAGAUAGUGCCGACAUUGCCGACGAGUACAACGCCAGAGCAACAGUCAUUGAUGUCCGAGGAGUAUCAGGCGCAGGUCGGCCAGCUGCUCAUGACCCAAACCAAGAUGCAGGCGGAUCUUUCAAAAUGCGAGGCCAAAAUCAUGGCGCAGGAACAAUUGAUCCAACAGCUGCUUGGUUUCCUCGGCUAUGUGUGCUCAGAUGAUGGUACAUUGGUGAAGACCGAACCAAACGACCCAAUCGAUAGCACUAUGAAAAUCCUGACCAAAUCAGGGUCACAAGAAACGACCCCGCACUCAAGUCCACAUCAGCAGCAGCCGCAGCAGCAGCAACAGCGUCGCAAGAGUUUGAAGCAUCAGCAGCAACAGCAGCAGCAACUGCACACAUCGCAGCACAAGCACAGCACAACGCCCCCAUCCUUUAACUCUCCACCACAGUCGUCCUCGCCCGCCUCGUCCUCGUCGUCAUCUCCCCCAGAAACCCAUGCAAUGCACCCGACGAUGUCCUCAGCCCCGUCCACCACGAUACCUGCAUCCAUGUCAACAACUUCCCUUUCAGGCUGUCAGCCCCUCGCCACGCCUCUCCCCACUCCGUCCUCAUCUUCGACUCCUACGCUUUAUUUUGCGCCCCCCAUAUCGUCCGCAGGCACAUAUGUCCAGGAUAUCUACCAGCAUCCACUGAUGUGUCAAGAUCCCAGCUUGGGUGUACCCAACAUGAAUCUCAGUCAUCUGACAGCGAAGAGGCAGGAGAGUCACGCGAAAGCAACCAAGCUCGGUGGCAAGGCUAAUGGUAAACAGCGGACGCUGACCCAGAAGCAGAAACAGGAACAACAGCAAGCACAACAGCAAGCACAACAACAACAGCAGCAGCAGCAAGCACAACAACAGCAGCAGCAGCAGCAAGCACAACAACAACAGCAACAGCAACAGCUGGAACAACAACAACAGAUUGAGCAGCAGCAACAGCAGCAGUCGUUUAUGUCCGAUAUGAUUUCGACCGAUUCCAGCAUGACAGUCCAGCGUCCAAAUAUUGUAAUCCCAAGUUGGGCGAUGCCACCAAAAGUGCUCCUCGUUGAGGACGACGAUACCUGCCGGCGUCUCAGCUCACGGCUACUGCAGAUAUUUGGCUGCCCUUUUGACGUGGCCGAGGACGGUGUCGCUGCAGUUGGCAAAAUGAGCCAUCAAAAAUACGAUAUUGUCCUGAUGGACAUUAUGAUGCCAAAGCUGGACGGAGUCUCUGCAACGACGCAGAUCCGACAGUUCGACGCGAUGACACCCAUCAUCAGUAUGACCUCAAACACAACAACGAACGAUAUCAUGACCUAUUUCGCUAACGGAAUGAACGACAUUCUUCCGAAACCCUUCUCGAAGGCCGGUCUGCUCAGCAUGCUCGAGAAGCACUGCCAGCACUUGAGAUACAUCAAGUUAGGCCCGAACCUCUUGUCCGCAGCAGGGUCCAACAAUGCGGAUCAGUCCAGCCAGGAGGGCAGUCGUCUGCAAGUACUCUACCGAAGCAUCGGCAACGGCAACAACGGACCUAGUGGCGAUGGCGGACAAAACAGUCAACAACAGCAAGCGCAGGACAUGGGAGGCAUCAUGGAAUUAUCGCUGACCGGGUUCCAAGGCCCUCGCGAGGCACUCCAACUUGUACAUAAUGAAAAAGGGGCAGGCGCUCAUGGGGGUCAUGACGGCAACACUGGUCAGAACGGUCAGCAUAAUGGAAUGGGCACCAUGGGGCUUGGCCUACAGUUGGGAAUGGGUGAGAUGUUGAUCCUGAACGGCGUUGAUACAUCAACUAUGUCCUCGAAUGAUGUUGAGAAUGGUUCCGGGCCUGGUUUUAUGCCCUCCUCGUUCUCACCACCACACCACCAACAACACCAGCAACAGCAGCAGCAACAACAGCAACAACAGCAACAGCAGCAACAGCAGCAACAGCAGCAACAGCAGCAACAGCAACAGCAACAGCAACAUCAGCAACAUCAGCAGCAACAGCAACAGCAACAGCAACAUCAACAGCAACAUCAACAGCAACAACAGCAACAGCAACAACAGCAACAGCAACAACAGCAACAGCAACAACAGCAGGCCCAUGCUAUGCAUAAUCAACAGCAACAAGUCCACAUGAUGAAUACCCACCACCGGAACAAUCUUUCGACACUAUCUAAUUCAGCUGUCCACAACCCGAUGUCGAUGUCGAUGCCUAGUUCCUCCCCAACAUCGUCUGCAGGUCUCAUGCUUCCGAUCGGCAGUGGUCCUCCAUAUUCGUCGUCCAUCUCUACGUCAGGCUCGAUGAUGGCCUACACAUUUGCACCAAAUGGCAGUAACUCCAUGGGCCCGCUUCCACCGCAGCAGCAACAGCUUCACCAGCACCAACAGCAGCAGCAGCAGCUUCCGUCACAUCACAACCAUCCACCAUCGCACCAACCGUUUCACCAACAGGGCCCUACUAUGACAUUGUUAUCUAUCAAGACGGACGGCCCUAUGAUGUCGAGUGGUGCUCAUAUGGGACAUCCCGGUCCUAUUCCUCUAGGAAACCCUAACGAAUUUGGAGAUACCAUGGGCCUAAACCUUAGCAUGGAUGCCAUGGGAGGUUUCCGGAGAAAGCGUGCCAAGAUUGAGGAUAUCGAAUAAUGAGUUAUUUUCAUUAAUAUCCUUAGUUAUUGUUAUUAUUAUUAUAAGAAGAGUUCAGUCCGAAGCUUUUUGUUUUUUUAUUUGGUACCCCUGUAAUUUUAACAUUCACAAAAUAAACCCCUGUAGCCAUCCUUGUUAUGAUCUCCUAGAUA